CGUGAUUGACACCUGUCAAUCAAUCAGAUAACAGUUUCCCGGAACUAAGUCGGAUGGGAAGUGCGCCAUCUCAAGUUAACCGCAACAACAAAAGAACAGGAGAGGCGUCGAGUAAGUGAGGGCCAUGUACGUAGCGCCGUUUUAAGGAACCAUUCACUCAUGCAAAUGCAAUGAUUCCGGAACUAAAGAUGGUGGACAAGCAAAGCUCACAGUGCUCACGUUAUUUUGUGGCGUUUUCGGUGUUAUUUCUGGUCGUGUACUGCGUUAGUUUGACUGUGUUCGUUUCGCUACUCGCUAGAGAGCACUGGGCUUUAGAAGCCUAUACUUUGAAGAUCGAACGGCGACUUAACUCGGUGGAAAAACGACUCGAAACUCGACAGACUCCUGAAUACAACGAAGUAGAGCUCAGCGCGAAACAACUGACUCACAAGGAACAAUUAUUCACUGAGUCCAGGAAGGCAGUAUCUGAUAGGGUUCUAGAUGGAAGAUAUAAACGAGACAGUAGGAAAGAAUGUAUCACAUGCAAGAGUCGGCGAGGGAAGAGAGGUGAACCAGGUCCACAAGGACCUCCAGGACCACAAGGCCCCACAGGGGCAAAGGGCGACCAAGGACCUGAGGGGAUCCAGGGACCCCAAGGAAUAAGAGGCCCUGAGGGACCACAGGGGCCCCAAGGACCCCAAGGACUAGAGGGGAAAGCAGCAAAUUUUACAAUGAUUGCUGAAAGUGUGCAUCUUGUUGGGGACGGUAAAAGAAAACAACACUCAGGUGUUGUGAAAUAUUGGGAUGAAAAACAUCGUAGAGGAAGUAUGCGUUAUAACAGACAUACUGGGGAAAUUACAAUUGAGAAAUCUGGGUUCUACUUUGUCUACAGUCAGAUGUAUUACUAUGAUGGAAGUACAAAACUUCUUAGUCACUACACCUUAAAAAAUAACCAGAAAAUCUUGGGAAGUACUUCAAGCAUUAUCGGUGGAGACCGGAAAUUCAACACGAACUAUCAUGGAGGGGUUUUCCACCUCCAGAAAGGGGACAAGUUGUGCGUAACUGUACUGGUUAGUAAAAUCUACCUCAUGAGACCGGAAUAUAGCUACUUUGGUAUGUUUAUGAUACAUCCUGAGUAGAGUGAGGGAGCCGUUAUGCCUUAUUGGAGGACAGAGAAGGUGCUGUUACUGCUACAAGACUCUCUGAUCACUGGCAUACCUGGGCAUGAGAACUGGUUAGAUGGAGUAAUAUUUUCCUUUUUUUGGAAACAUUAGAAAUUAACAGUACUAAGUACUGCAAACAGAAGAUCAUUCUCACUAUUAUAAUUCACCUUCUUCAUGUCUUCUCACAACUUUUUUCAAAGCCCAUGUGAAACCGUGGUCAGGAGGCAUAAUUGUAAAUAAGAUGGCAAGGUUUGUCCCCAAUCUUGUUUUAACAUUGUGUCUCAAAGAGUUGUGGAAAGAAAUGGGGAAGGUGAGUGAGGGUUAACCGUACACCAAGUAAGGGGUGUGGCUAUACCAGUGUGUCGCCAAUGGAGGGCUAGGAGGGUGAAGGGCCCAACAAUGAAAGGAAAUGUCACAUGCAAAAAAAUGCGCGUGCGACAUUUAACAGUUUUUUUCGCGAGACAGGUCGCUAGAGAAAAAACUCACGUUUGACAUGGCCUUUGAAACACUGUGAAAAUUCUUGAUAAAAAAAAAUCAGGAAAAAAUGUGUUACCUUCCUAUCCCAGAUCAAAUGGUUUGUUACAAUGGGGUUUCCAUUAAAUAUUCUAUUUGAAAUAAAAAUAUCUUGCUGACCAUAUAUAUGAUUUUUAGUACGUUACACAAACAACAUAAUAUUUCUGUACAAAGACAUUCUUCUCACCUUUUAUUAGGAAAAAAAAUGCUAUGCAGGUUUUAAACAAAACCUGGAAGGUUACAAAAUUUUGAUACAAUGUAAAUAAGUAGUUUCUAAUGUGUAAAUAUGUAAUUCUAAUAAACUGUUCAUUUUUCGCAA